GCGUGGCGUGACGUCAUUGGCAGUCGGCGGCCGUGAUAAACAUGUGCUGCAGUAAGUGUGAUUAAUCACGAGGAGUUCAUCAGUUUACUCUUUGAAUUUAGCGAUUAAAUCAGCGCUGAUCACCGGACACAUCAUGGAGUACAUGCAAGCGCCACCAUCAAGCAGUCAAGGCAAUAUUCUGUGCUGUACGUGUGGUGUUCCCAUUCCUCCAAACCCAGCCAACAUGUGUGUGUCCUGCCUGAGGACACAAGUGGACAUUACUGAAGGAAUUCCCAAACAAGUGUCCAUCCACUUCUGCAGACAGUGUGAACGGUACCUGCAGCCUCCAGGUUCAUGGGUUCAGUGCGCUCUGGAGUCUCGUGAACUGCUGGCACUCUGUCUGAAGAAACUCAAAGGCUCAAUGUCAAAGGUGAGACUCAUUGAUGCAGGAUUCUUGUGGACAGAACCACACUCCAAACGCAUCAAGAUCAAGCUCACCAUCCAGAAAGAGGUGAUGAACGGGGCGAUCCUCCAGCAGGUGUUUGUGGUGGAGUUUGUGAUUCAGCCUCAGAUGUGUGAUGAUUGUCAUCGAGUGGAGGCCAAGGACUUCUGGAAAGCAGUCGUUCAAGUGCGGCAGAAGACAGUCCACAAGAAAACGUUCUUCUAUCUAGAGCAGCUGAUCUUGAAGCACAAACUGCAUCAGAACACUGUUCGCAUCAAAGAGAUCCACGAGGGAAUAGAUUUUUACUACGGUUCUAAGCAGCAUGCACAGAAGAUGGUGGAUUUCUUGCAGUGUACUGUUCCCUGCAGGUCGAAGACGUCUCAGCGGUUGAUCUCUCAUGAUGUUCAUUCAAACACCUACAACUACAAGAGCACUUUCUCACUGGAGAUCGUUCCUGUGUGUAAGGAUAACGUGGUGUGUCUCUCACCACGUCUUGCUCAGAGUUUGGGUAACAUGGGUCAGCUGUGUGUGUGUAUCCGUGUCACCAGCGCGAUUCACCUGAUUGACCCCAACACCUUACAGAUUGCGGAGGUGGAUUGCAACACUUACUGGCGUCACCCCUUCAACAGUCUGUGCAGCCCACGAAAACUAGAAGAGUUCAUCGUCAUGGAUAUUGACAUCAUCAGAGGUCAAAAGUUAGGAGCUGGCGCUGGUCUGACGUCCAAUAAGCACACAUUAGCUGAGGCUUGGGUUCAGAAGACAUCAGAGAUGAACUCCAGUCAUCAGUAUCACUGCAAAACAUUUCUGGGUCACCUGCUGAACAUUGGAGAUCUGGUGCUGGGCUUUGAUUUCGCCAAUGCCAAUAUCAAUGAUGAAUUCCUCAAUAAGAUGAACCCUCACCACGUUCCUGAUGUGGUGUUGAUAAAGAAGAGUUAUGACCGUGUGAAGCGAGUAAAGAACAGGAACUGGAAGCUGCAAGAGUUGAACCGAGAGAGAGACGAAACAAACACUGAUGAUGAGAGACAAUACCACGAGUUCCUGGAGGAUCUGGAGGAAGAUGAAGUUCUGAGGAAGAACGUGAACAUCUUCAGAGACACCUCAAAGAUCCCGGUGGAGAGUGACACGGAUGAUGACGGUGCUCCGCGGAUCUCAUUGGCUGAGAUGUUGGAGGAUCUGAGUCUGAGCGACGCCACUGGUGGAGAGGGAGCUGAUAUGAUGACUGAUUAACGCGCAGCACGUCACAUCAGCAGAUCUCAGUGUCAUGAUUUCAUGUAUCUACAGGUGAACUGAGUGAUGUAAUGUUUGAUGUGCUUCAACUGACCAAUUAAAGGAAAUCUAAAGAUGGUUGUAACAGACUGAACAUGUCAUUGUUGUCAUUAUUAUCGACUGA